CGAGUGACCCAUAACAAAAUGGCGGACGAGUUGAACACGAAGCUUUAAAGAAGAAAAAAAUAGAUUUUUAUGUGACAAUUAUGGCUUUUCAACCCCAUGGAAAUCAAGAGGUCCAAAACAGAAAGAUUCUUCAAGAUUUGCAAGAACGAAGAAGACAGAUGAUGAGCCAAGCGCAACAGGCUGUUACUGGGACCACAGGGACUAACGCAGGACCAAGUCAUGUAAAUAGACCAGGUCAAGAAGUUCCUGUAUUACGCAACCCAGGAGAAAACCACCAGUUGGCUCUAAGUCAACGACAAGCUUUAGAGCAAGCUCAUUUAGUCUCUCCUGGCUUCUAUGUAUGUCAAGACUCAUUGUUUGGUAACUUAAUCAUUCCUGUCAUCCCAAGAGUAGACAAUGAUAGCUGAAAUUCUGCUGGGAAAAAAUAAAGAUCUUUCUUCUUUGUACUGGCCCACCUCUCCCACACACAACCAUUUUCCCAUACUAGGAAAACAAUCUUAUGUAUGGUGUAUAUAGAUUAGAUUAUAAAUAUACAUUUAUGCACUGAUUAAAUAAUUGGUUAAAUGAAAAAAAAAACAUGUUGAAGAUUUUAAUAAUAAUAUUAUUAUUAUUACAAUAAUUUAAUCUUUAAAGUACUAAGUUUACAUUUAUACACUCUUAUACUGUUGAAUAAGUUUAAUGUACAAAAUGAGAGUGCAUUCAGUCAAACUGUUGAAUAGUUAGAUAAAUGUAUCUAACUUAGAUAACUAUUUAGUUGACGUCACCUAAAAUAGUAAAAGCGCGCCAAAUAACAGUCAUGCUAAUCUGGGGGUUUGUUUUACUAGAGAAUGAGUGAAUAGACAUUCAUUUGCAUCAUCAUUUCUCCCCCUGAUCUCAGUAGCUGUUUACUCGUAGUUUCAAAUUUAGGUGAAGACAGCGAAAAUAGUAAUUUACUUAUAUAAUUUAGGUGACGUACACUAUUCAACAGUUUGACUGAAUGCACCCUAAGAUUGUCCACGUCAUUGGCUUUCUUCAUAAACCCAUGAAACAAAGUGUACUCAUAUAAUAAUUAACUAAUACUAUAAUCAGAUAAACAGAAUAGAAAACAAAAGAAUUAGUGUAAUAGUACUAAAUAAGCUAAAGCAUAUUUCAUGGGUUUAUGAAAACCACUCUAUAACCAGCAUACAUAUGGUAUCUAUUAUAGGGUUAUAUACUUACAGCAUAUAAUCAUAGACACUAUGCUUGCCCAACAAUACAAGGGAAUUAGUUAAAAGAUUGCCCAGUAAAUUAGAUAUUUGAAAUAAAUAUUCAAUAUGAAUCAUCAGUUACUAAAUUCUAGGCCUUUUAAAGUGUUCCUUGAAUUUAAAGUUUCCGUUUAACUAUUUCCAUCUUAGAGUUUAAAUGUUUAUUCCAAAAAAGUUUUUCAUUUAUUAGACUCUUGGGUUUGCAUUAAUUAAAUAAUAUGCUAGUCGUACAGUCUUUCCUCAUAAAAGUCUAGCAUUGACCAUUCAUCAUUCUUUAAUGGUAUUUCUCCCAAAUCUGAUGUGAUUGUUAAAUGUAAAAGAAUUUCAAAACCUGUUUUCAAAUUUUUCACAAAAUACUUCAUUUUGUUAAUAUAAAACUGGAAGGUCUCUGCAAUCGUAAAUGUUCAAAUGGAUGAAACUUUGCUUUUAAAUGUUUUCUCUAAAAAUCAGAAUACAAAAGUUAGAGUAAUUUAAAAGGAAUAGAAGAUGGAAAAAAAGGUAAAGUACCUAUAUUUAAUGUUGGUAGUUCCUUCAGUUGAAAUUCAACUGCUAUCGAUGGAAGCUGACAGUGCGCACUUUAUCCCCCCUCUCCAUCAGUGCUCUGCUUUAAGAGUAUUCAAAGCUGAAGCUACACGGAUUAGAGAGAAGUCGAAACAGACGUGGAGAUCCUAAGGAUCAAACCGUGGACCUCAAGCUCUGAAGGUCGCGCACUAACCAACUGAGCUACGUCUGCUCCUAUUACACUUGCAAGACCAUCCUAGGAAACCUGAAGUAAACUUUGGGGUUUCCAAGGAUGCUGCAAGAAAGGCUGCGAAAACAUUUUCUACCCAAGUGACUUCGUAACGACAAACCACUGAUUUAUUCAGUUUAGAGUCUGACAAAAUAAACUCAAAUAGUUCUCCUAUUUACAUAAAUAUUGAAACUUUAACUUUUAAAAAUUACUUAUAUCUGAAGUUAAGAAUUUCGCCAUCAUUAUAAUAAUUGUGAUUAGUGAGAUGCCUUGCAUAAUAUCAUUAUAAAACUAACAGUGUUUGUCAGAUUGAGACUUAAAUUCUCCUUACUUGAAUGUUCCAACAUUGCCAAUGUGCAUUAAAGAGAAUGUAUAUGUUCAUCAUAGCACAGGCUAUUUACUUUUAAGAUAAGUUAGAGCCAAAAUAAAAAUGUGGUAUCAAUAA